CCUCCUCCACCCAGCACCUCCACACCGGCCCCUGCCCAGCGCCGCAUGUCUUCUUCCUCCAGCAAAGGGGAUCUCUCCUCUACGCAUCUGUCUCCCUCUGUCACCCCGGCUCCAGAAACACUCCGGCAGAGGAAGAGCAAUAAAUCCUUCAACAUGAUGUCCCCCACUGGAGAUAAUUCUGAGCUUCUGGCUGAAAUUAAAGCUGGGCCAAAACUGAAGCCAACACCUCAGAGUAAAGGCUACACGACCGUCUUCUCCAACAACGGCACAGCGGCGAACAAUGGGGAAUGUCCGUCAUCGCCGCCAGAGCUUCUGCCAAAACCCCAGCCCGACGACACCCAAUCUGCAAAGCCACAAUCUCCACCGCCUGUCUGUCCCACGAGCAGCGGUGGGUCGCCCCAGAACCACAACACCUCACAGAGCAGCGAGAAGCUCACAACCGCUGUCAACGGAAAUACUCCUGUUGUCCAGGACAAGUCCAGCGUGGUGGACGUAGAGAGUCUGGUGCCCACACAUGACGAGCAGGGCCGAGCUAUCCCAGAGUGGAAGAGACAGGUGAUGGUGAGGAAACUACAAGUGAAGAUGCAGGAGGAGGAAGAGAACAAGAGAAAGUUUGCUGCCAGUGGAUACUAUCAAGCCCAAGACUGGCAUUAUUCACACGUGCACAAUGCUAUACUGGGUCCCUUUGGGGAACUGAUGACAGAGGACGACCUUGUCCGCAUUGAGAAGCAGAUCGAGAACCUCCAGGUCAUGCACAAAGUGACAGAGGUGGAGAAAGAUCUGGAACAGCUGGAGCAAGAGUUGAAGCAACUCCUACCUGUGUCUGCAGCCUUGAACCAAGACCACUUCUCUGUCAACCCCAAACAGGUUCAUGGGCAAGCAGAAGACCUGCCUGCCUGGUGCAGCAAGAUCUCCACGCUGCUCAAAAGCAUGGCCAUUCUGCUCGCCACUUUGGGCGGGAAGGAGAUCGAUAUUCUGGAAAUUAUCAAUGAAGGAUAUACGUACGAAGGCCUGAAGAGUGGAAAGGGCCAGACGGGGAUCUCAAAUUCUGGAAGCAUUGGCCGAUCGCAAUCAUUCUCCACUCGAGAGGAGGUGGAGAAGGAGAUUAAGCAGUGUGGCGUGUCUGUGAAGAGCCUGAAAGCCAAUUACGAAAUCCAUAGCCAGUCAAAGAACGAGGACGACAAAACAAACUGCAUAUACAAACGCACGAGGUCCUUGCCGGCGGUAAGUGAAUGCAGCUACCCCUCAGAGUCCAUCUUGGAGGACGAGUUGCUGUUUUCUCUAAGUGAGAGCUACUCGCACGCCGGAGAUGGGUCGCCGAUAGAUCAAGACUUAAAUUUACCUUUGGUGAAUGAGGAACCUAUAACACAGUCCCAUGCUUCUUUGACAUACACUGGGCCUGGACCAUCUGCACUGGAGCAUCAUGACCAGCCUAUGAAUCCACUAACCUCAGAGCAUCUCACCCGCAGUCUAGAGGUGCAGACAGACCUGAGCUACGUCCAGGAGUGCAUCGAGAUGCGCAAGGAGAGGAUUGUGUUUCUGUUCCUAGAGCACUGGAGAAAGUACACAAUGACUGAAUCCUACAAGUGCUCAGGUAGAGGGAAGACUCUGAGUGUCGAGGAGAACGACUCCCAUUCCCUGUAUUAUCACAACCUGGCUAAGCCUGACGGCACCAUGCAAACGGAGGAUGACCAGCUGCUGUAUUUCAUGAAACAGAGACAGGUGGUGGGAAAUCUUCUUGGCCACUGGAGGACCAUUAUGAGCCAGGUGCCCACGCGACAAAUCCGCAGACUCAGUCGAGCUCAGAUGAUCUACUGGCCCGAGCACUUCCUUCCCCACAUCAAUGGGUCUCCGGUUCAAUAUGAGAGUCUAACCCUUGACCUUUUCAUGCUAGGCUACUUCCAGCUUCUGGAGAUGAACAUGUCGCGCACUGAACGGAAGUUCCGCCACUUGCUUUGCUACGAGAUGUUUGACAGACUAGGCAGUCACCCGUGGGAAGUGAUCCGCCGGUUCCACCGAGAGGUCAUGGAGAGCCUUGAGAGCGGGAAACGCGAUUGGUCGGACGGCUUUGAAGAUAUCAAGGUGAAGUAUUUCGGUGACUCUGUGGAGGGCGGCGGGCUGCUGGAAGCGGCUGAGCUUAUUCUGCCUCCGGAGGUUCUGCAGGCAUCCGUGAACAUAUCGCAAGGGGCUCCAGCUGAUGCAAGUCUCACAAGUAUUUCACCACCAGAAGUCCCUAAUCAACACCCAGGACCAACUUCAGAUGACUCUGCAAAGGCCACCCAACAGGGCACUUCUGAGAACUCAGCUGAGGCUAUUAUAAAUGAUACAGAACUACAGAAGAGUAGUAGUGAAGUUCAACUAUCACCUGAUGAACGUCAUCAUGCACAGGAUUCACCACAGUCAGAAAACAUAGUAACGCAAGCAGCUGAAAGCCCCCAGACAGAAGCCCCAUGCAUUCCUACUGUGAACGAACAGGGCCCAGCAAAUAUUAAAGAGGAACCCAAUGAGGACUCCAUCAAGCUUAUCUAUGAGCUUAAAGAGUUUAGCAAUGAGGAAAUUAUCAGAUACAUUGAUCGAAGCUUCGCCUUCUGGAAAGAGAAGGAAGCUGAGAUGUUCGACAUCUGACUUGUCAGGUCAGAUUAUUUGAAGGAUGAAACACAAUUAUCAGGAGACAGAAUAAAUGCUUGCGUU